UGAAGUCGUGCUAUAGAGAGAGGCUGGGGUUUGGUGUGGGAGCUGUGGUUGGAAGUGAAACCUCAGCGAGCUGUGGGUGGGAUGUCGCCACACUUCAACUGAAGGCGGCAGCAGGAGCGACAUAAAACGUGGUGCGUGCUGAGAACUGAGCAGACGGCGCCGUGGCUCUGAGCCAUGGACACGGAGACGAGGAGACGUGCGGUGUGGAUGAGUGUUGUCAUCUGCAUCUUGUCCCGCAUCACGAGUGUUCAUUUACAGGCAUCCCCCAGAGAAUAUUUUGUUGCUGUGGGACAGGAAGUCACCUUGACGUGUGACAAAAACACUCCAGGAUGGUCACAGCACGACAAUCCCAAUAUCAGCUCUAUCACCAGGCAGCGUGGUGAAGGCAGUGGAGCAACCGAUAUGGAUUUAACAAACUCACGAGAUUUCAGGAUAACAGUCACUGAGGAUGUUGAUCAACAUCGGGCUUCUAUCCGAAUCGAAAAUGUGCAGCACAGUGACGCUGGGGUUUACAGUUGCCUGGGUAAAAGCGAAGUUGGAACAGAGAGUCCCAUGAUGGAAAUUAUCACAAUGGAAGUUUCAGCAAACCCAUCCAGCGUCGUGAGUGAAGGAGAGACUGUCACAUUGACGUGUCACAUCUCAAACAGUGCCUAUGUACAAAGUAUUGUUUGGACUCACGGUGGCACUGAGAUGAACCCACGCAAUUCUGUGCUGACAUUACACAAAAUCAAACGAUGUCAAGAGGGAGCAUGGACAUGUGGUGUCAAAACCCAAACUGACCAAGCCUCUGCUUCUCACGAUUUGACAGUCUCAUCACAGAAUGUUUGUGAUGUAAAGGCACCUGCUCCCAGAAAGUAUUUCGUUUCUGUGGGCCAGACGGUCAUUUUGCCAUGCGUUGAAGAUGAUCCAGAAUUUAAAUGGAAAGAUCACCCUUCCUCUGACCUGGCUCUGACCUGGCGAUGGGAGAGGCAGGGUAGUGGUAGCGAAACGAUUGUCCAGUAUCCUAAGCAAACUGGUCAACGGUAUGGAGAUGUAUGGAAAAAUACCGCUAUACCACUGGUUUCCAGAAUAACGACAUUGAAGUCUAAUUUUGACAAAGACAACUUCUCUAUUCAAAUCUCAAAAGUGCAACACAGUGAUGCUGGGCUCUACAUUUGCCACUUUGCUGGCUACUUUAGAACAAGCAGCUUAACAAGAGAACUGAUCACAAUGCAAGUUUCAGCAAACCCAUCCAGCGUCAUGAGUGAAGGAGAGACUGUCACAUUGACGUGUCACAUCUCAAACAGUGCCUAUGUACAAAGUAUUGUUUGGACUCACGGUGGCACUGAGAUGAACCCACGCAAUUCUGUGCUGACAUUACACAAAGUCAAAAGAUGUCAAGAGGGAGCAUGGACAUGUGGUGUCAAAAACCAAACUGACCAAGCCUCUGCUUCUCACCAUUUGACAGUCUCAUCACAGAAUGUUUGUGAUGUAAAGGCACCUGCUCCCAGAAAGUAUUUUGUUUCUGUGGGCCAGUCGGUCAUUUUGCAAUGUGUUGAAGAUGAUCCAGAAUUUAAAUGGAAAGAUCACCCUUCCUCUGACCUGGCUCUGACCUGGCGAUGGGAGAGGCAGGGUAGUGGUAGCGAAACGAUUGUCCAGUAUCCUAAGCAAACUGGUCAACGGUAUGGAGAUGUAUGGAAAAAUACCGCUAUACCACUGGUUUCCAGAAUAAUGGCAUUGAAGUCUUAUUUUGACAAAGACAACUUCUCUAUUCAAAUCUCAAAAGUGCAAUACAGUGAUGCUGGGCUCUACAUUUGCCACUUUACUGGCUACUUUAGAACAAGCAGCUUAACAAGAGAACUGAUCACAAUGCAAGUUUCAGCAAACCCAUCCAGCGUCGUGAGUGAAGGAGAGACUGUCACAUUGACGUGUCACAUCUCAAACAGUGCCUAUGUACAAAGUAUUGUUUGGACUCAUGGUGGCACUGAGAUGAACCCACGCCAUUCUGUGCUGACAUUACACAAAAUCAAACGAUGUCAAGAGGGAGCAUGGACAUGUGGUGUCAAACCCCAAACUGACCAAGCCUCUGCUUCUCACGAUUUGACAGUCUCAUCACAGAAUGUUUGUGAUGUAAAGGCACCUGCUCCCAGAAAGUAUUUUGUUUCUGUGGGCCAGUCGGUCAUUUUGCAAUGUGUUGAAGAUGAUCCAGAAUUUAAAUGGAAAGAUCACCCUUCCUCUGACCUGGCUCUGACCUGGCGAUGGGAGAGGCAGGGUAGUGGUAGCGAAACGAUUGUCCAGUAUCCUAAGCAAACUGGUCAACGGUAUGGAGAUGUAUGGAAAAAUACCGCUAUACCACUGGUUUCCAGAAUAACGACAUUGAAGUCUAAUUUUGACAAAGACAACUUCUCUAUUCAAAUCUCAAAAGUGCAACACAGUGAUGCUGGGCUCUACAUUUGCCACUUUGCUGGCUACUUUAGAACAAGCAGCUUAACAAGAGAACUGAUCACAAUGCAAGUUUCAGCAAACCCAUCCAGCGUCAUGAGUGAAGGAGAGACUGUCACAUUGACGUGUCACAUCUCAAACAGUGCCUAUGUACAAAGUAUUGUUUGGACUCACGGUGGCACUGAGAUGAACCCACGCAAUUCUGUGCUGACAUUACACAAAGUCAAAAGAUGUCAAGAGGGAGCAUGGACAUGUGGUGUCAAAAACCAAACUGACCAAGCCUCUGCUUCUCACCAUUUGACAGUCUCAUCACAGAAUGUUUGUGAUGUAAAGGCACCUGCUCCCAGAAAGUAUUUUGUUUCUGUGGGCCAGUCGGUCAUUUUGCAAUGUGUUGAAGAUGAUCCAGAAUUUAAAUGGAAAGAUCACCCUUCCUCUGACCUGGCUCUGACCUGGCGAUGGGAGAGGCAGGGUAGUGGUAGCGAAACGAUUGUCCAGUAUCCUAAGCAAACUGGUCAACGGUAUGGAGAUGUAUGGAAAAAUACCGCUAUACCACUGGUUUCCAGAAUAAUGGCAUUGAAGUCUUAUUUUGACAAAGACAACUUCUCUAUUCAAAUCUCAAAAGUGCAAUACAGUGAUGCUGGGCUCUACAUUUGCCACUUUACUGGCUACUUUAGAACAAGCAGCUUAACAAGAGAACUGAUCACAAUGCAAGUUUCAGCAAACCCAUCCAGCGUCGUGAGUGAAGGAGAGACUGUCACAUUGACGUGUCACAUCUCAAACAGUGCCUAUGUACAAAGUAUUGUUUGGACUCAUGGUGGCACUGAGAUGAACCCACGCCAUUCUGUGCUGACAUUACACAAAAUCAAACGAUGUCAAGAGGGAGCAUGGACAUGUGGUGUCAAACCCCAAACUGACCAAGCCUCUGCUUCUCACGAUUUGACAGUCUCAUCACAGAAUGUUUGUGAUGUAAAGGCACCUGCUCCCAGAAAGUAUUUUGUUUCUGUGGGCCAGUCGGUCAUUUUGCAAUGUGUUGAAGAUGAUCCAGAAUUUAAAUGGAAAGAUCACCCUUCCUCUGACCUGGCUCUGACCUGGCGAUGGGAGAGGCAGGGUAGUGGUAGCGAAACGAUUGUCCAGUAUCCUAAGCAAACUGGUCAACGGUAUGGAGAUGUAUGGAAAAAUACCGCUAUACCACUGGUUUCCAGAAUAACGGCAUUGAAGUCUUAUUUUGACAAAGACAACUUCUCUAUUCAAAUCUCAAAAGUGCAAUACAGUGAUGCUGGGCUCUACAUUUGCCACUUUACUGGCUACUUUAGAACAAGCAGCUUAACAAGAGAACUGAUCACAAUGCAAGUUUCAGCAAACCCAUCCCGCUCUGUGACAGAAGGGGAGACUGUCACAUUGACCUGUCUCAUAUCAAACAGUGGCUAUAGAACAGGUCUGGUUUGGUAUCAUGGUCAAAUUUACAUUUCACAAGGCAAUCAGCUGACACUGAACAAAGUAAAACGAUCUCAACAGGGAGAAUGGAAAUGUUUUCUAUAUCACCAGCACCACAGUCGCUUUGCCUCGUACACACUGGAGUUAACAUCAACUGGAAGUCAUGUUGAGAAGGCACCCGCAGUGCAGAAAUAUUUCAUACACGAGGGUGGGGAGGUCUCUUUGUCAUGUGAUGAAUCUGAUCCUGGAUUUCAGUGGAAAGAUCAUUCACAGCGGACACGCGCUGUCACUUGGAAAUGGAGAUCGCAUGAUGGCACAACAAAGCGAUAUGAUCAGAACAUACAAUAUCCAUCGCAACCGUCUGAUUAUAAAGAUCAGUUUCCUUUAGCAUUGUCGAAAGUUACGUUUUCACGUGGUGGGGUUUACACAUGUGAGUUUACUGGCUACUAUAGGACAGGCACCCUCACAAUGGAACUGGUCACAAUGAAAGUUUCAUCCAACACAUCCAACACCGUGGCAGAAGGAGAGAGUAUCAGUCUGACCUGCCAGCUCUCUAACGACUCCUAUGCACACAUGGUCAGAUGGAUUCACAAUGGGAUUGAGAUCAGCCAUCAAAGCAGCCUCGUUUUGGUGAAAGUGAAGGCUGCUCAGAGUGGGUUGUGGAAGUGUUCCCUGAAAAGGGAGAGUGGAGAGAUCUCAGAGGUAGCGUACAAUUUGAACGUGCAGAAAAUUGGUGCAGAGCAAAACGCACCUAGGAAUUACGCGGCUACAAUUGGUGAAGGAACCACGUUGCCCUGCACCGAGUCUGACCCUGGGUUUGUGUGGAGGAGCUCCUCCAAUGAGUCUCGUUCGGUCACCUGGUACUGGAGGCCACGUGGUGACAGCACAGUCCGUACGAUACUCGAGGCCCACCCAGCCGGACCUCACGCUGCAUUCAGUUCCCACCUCAACUCCCACGUGACCAUCUCGUCCUCCGCUUUUGACAACGACGACUUCUCUCUGACCAUCUCAGUGGUGAAUGAAAGUUCUGCUGGUGUCUACACUUGUCAGCUAACAGGAUAUUAUCGGUCAGGGAGUCUGAUGUCGGAAAUGUUUACAACACAAGUGUCAAGGGCAUCUCCGUACGUGUCGGUUGCUAUUGGAGUGGUGCUGGCUGUGCUGCUGUCUGCUGGAGCUGCUGUUGUUGUGGUGUGCUACAGAAGAAGGAAGCUCAAUGCAGGUCCACAACACGGCCAAGGAAACUCCGUUAAUCUUCAAGAAAUGGCUGCAGGGGAGAGAACCACGGAUGAAAACAGACAGGCCUAUGAGGAGGAGGCGCUCGUAUACAGCCAGAUAGAGGCUUUACCGGAAAGCAGUGGGUCGCAACCUCAACAUAACCAAAAUGUCGGAGUCAUUUACGCAUCUGUAAACGCAGAGGAUCAGCACACCAAUGAGGUUGCUUACAGCGUGGUGCAAGCCUCAGCAGCUGAUAAAAUGAAGCCCAAAGUCAAGCCGAAGGGAAACGGUGGAAGUCCAAAUGCAGUCGUUAACAGACCGGAACAUGACAACAAUGAGGUUGUUUACAGCGUGGUGCAAGUUGCAGCAGCUGGUAACAUGAAGCCAAAGCCUAAACCGAAGAGAGACGGUGGUGAUCCCAAUGCAGUCGCUAACAGAUCGGAACAUGACAACAAUGAGGUUGUUUACAGCGUGGUGCAAGCUCCAGCAGCUGGAAACAUAAAGCCAAAGCUUAAACCUAAACCAAAGAGAGACGGUGGUGAUCCCAAUGCAGUCGUUGACAGAUCGGAACAUGACAAGAAUGAGGCCGUUAACAGCAUGGUGCAAGCUCCAGCGGCUGGAAACAUGAAUCCGAAUGCAGUCGUUAACAGACCGCAGCCAGAAGAGAACCAAGUUGUGUACAGCCUUCUUUCAACUCCCAACGCAAGCAAGCCAGCGCUAAAGCCCAAACCAAACAAGGCAGUUGAUGCCCUCUAUACUGUGGUUGCAAAAAAAAAAUAGAAAUGUUUUCAAAAACCCAGCAAAAACUGUGGGAUUUUGAGAAACUGCUUAUUUGUCCUCAAUGGCGUUGUACCGUUAUGUUUUUGAUCCUAACCCAAACCAUUUGUUACAUUUACGAAGCGUUUUUUCCUAACGAAUUACUUUUAUGUUAAUCGGUUUAUGUUUCUUUCUUUUGUAGAAUAACAUUGCUUGAAUUUCUAAUUUUAAGUUUUAAUUUAGAUUUGUACUGUAGUUUAUCUAUGCAUUGUGGUCAGCCCACAUAUUGUUUCCCAAGUUCUGUUUUUCACGGUUUAAACGUGUUACUAUAUUUUGUAAAUAUCAGCUUCCUUUUUUGGAAUUUUUUUUGUAAAUACUGUGUGUGUGGGAGGCUGUCCUAUACCAGUUUAAAGUUUUAUUCAAAUACUUAAAAAUUUGCAGCUCUGAACGUGGUAGUGAAAUUACGACAGCAUUAAUCCAGUAUUUUCUAAUGUCAUUGCAGUGAUGUCACUCGAGCGCUCGUUCAUUUAUCUAUUUUUUUUAUCUUCAACAAAGCCUUAAACGUGUAUAAGACGGCCCAGGUCAAAGAGUCUUGAGAAUAAUUAAAACAUAAUAUCUGUUUUUUUAUAUAUAAGAAGUAUAACUGAAAAAAGAAUGCUCAUAAAAAAAUGUCGUUUCACUCUUAACUCUGAAUCCAAGAUAUUUCACCUAACAUGGUUAUCCAUGAGUAUUUUAAUUCUAAAAGUUUAAUGAAAGUGCCUUUUCUUUGCAAAUAAAAAAAGCUUUUAUAGAAA